AUGGACUGGUUUUCUGUGCCUGCGCUCCUAACUUGGCUGCUUCUUCAGGUGGUCUGGAGUCAGCCUGCUUCGGAGACAACUGAAAUAGAUGUAGAUGGAGGAAUUGAUCAAGAUAUCUUUGACAUCAAUGAAGCUUUAGGACUAGACCUUUUUGAGGGAGACAUCAAACUUGAUGGGAUGCAGGAACGAAACUCCAUCAUUGGUGACAACUAUCGGUGGCCCCACAUUAUCCCCUACGUCCUUGAUGAUAGCUUGGAAAUGAAUGCUAAGGGGCUCAUCCUCAAGGCAUUUGAACAGUAUCGACUAAAAACCUGUAUUGACUUCAAACCUUGGGAAGGGGAGAUGAAUUACAUAUCUGUGUUCAAAGGAAGUGGCUGCUGGUCCUCAGUGGGAAACCGCCAAGAGGGGUUGCAGCAGCUCUCCAUCGGAGCCAACUGUGACAGGAUCGGGACAAUCCAGCACGAGUUCCUGCACGCCCUGGGAUUCUGGCAUGAGCAGUCACGGUCCGACCGGGAUGACUAUGUGUCCAUCAUCUGGGACAGGAUUCAGUCUGGUAAAGAUCAUAAUUUCGAAAAAUACGAUGAUAAAACAUCAGACUCCCUGAAUGUUCCCUAUGACUAUACUUCUGUGAUGCACUAUAGCCAAAAUGCAUUCAGGAAUGGAACGGAACCCACCAUUGUCACUAACAUACCAGACUUCAUGGAUGUAAUAGGACAGCGAAUGGAUUUCAGUGAUUAUGAUCUCCAGAAACUGAACCGGCUGUACAAUUGCUCCUCCUCCCUAAGUUUCAUGGACACAUGCAGUUUUGAACUUGAAAAUAUAUGUGGCAUGAUUCAAAGUUCGGAUGAUAAUAGUGAUUGGCAGCGUUUGUCUCAGGUUCUUGCUGGGCCGAAUACUGAUCACACUAAUAUGGGAGAAUGCGAAGAUUCUGGCUACUUCAUGCAUUUCAACACCAGUGCUGGAGCAGAGGGAAGCACAGCUAUCCUGGAGAGCCGAAUUCUGUAUCCCAAAAGGGGCUUUCAGUGCUUACAAUUCUAUUUCUACAACAGCGGUCAUGAAAGCGACCAUCUGUAUGUCUGGGUCAGGGAGUAUACUUCAGCCCAUCCGAACGGUACUUUGAGACUCAUUGAAGAGAUAAAAGGUUCACCUGCGAGUUACUGGCAGCUCCAUCACGUUUCUUUGAAUGUCACAAGUAAAUUUAGGGUUGUGUUUGAAGGCAUGAAAGGAAGUGGCUUAUCAAAUGGAGGCCUCUCUAUUGACGACAUCAACUUGUCAGAAACUCAGUGUCCCCACCACGUCUGGCAUAUCAGAAAUUUCACACAUCUCCUCAACACAAGUCCAGCAGGGACAGCAGGAAGAAUAUACAGUCCACCUUUUUACUCUAGUAAAGGAUAUGCUUUUCAGGUCGGCUUGUAUGUAAAUGGUACCACUGAUAACCCAUUUAAUUUAGCAAUGUACUUGCACUUGAUUUCUGGAGCAAAUGAUGAUCAUUUACCAUGGCCCUGUGCAUGGCAACAAGGUACCAUGAUUCUGCUCGACCAGCAUCCUGAUAUUCGUCAACGGAUGUCAAACCAAAGAAGUAUAACAACUGACCCCCUGACAUUAUCAGAUUCCUCAUCAACUUAUUUUUGGGAUAGGCCAGAUAAAGUGGGAUCCAUAGCAUCUUUUCCUAAUGGAACUACAUUCAUGAGAGGUCCGGGAAGUGGAACAAGUGCAUUUUUAACUCAUCAGAGACUUAGAAGCCGCAACUUUAUUAAAGAAGAUGGUGUUUAUGUUCUUUUAACAAUGGAAGAUAUAUCGCAUCUACUAUCAACUCAGCCAAGUGUCUCACCCACCUUUAUUAUGAAUACAACCAGUGCCAACACCAUCAAACCUACCUCUAACACCACUGCCCCCACUGAGCCUACCACUAGGUCUACUACCACCACAACACCUGUCACAACAGUCUCUGUCACCCUGACCGAAGAGCCCGAGACAGAGGUUCCGGAUUCCUGUCCAGACAACCCUUGUGAAAAUGAUGGUGUCUGUGUUAUUGUAGAUAGAGCACCAGUAUGCAGAUGUCCAGCAGGUGACAACUGGUGGUACAUGGGAGAAAAGUGUGAAAGGAAAGGCUCAACUCAAGAAAAUACUAUAAUAGCUGUUUCUUCAACCAUAGCUGUAUUUGUUGUAAUGCUUAUUGUCACUAUUACAACUGCAGUGUGCCUUAAAAAGAAAUACAAGCAAGGAAAGGAAAAUAGGGAGAGCCUGACUCUAGAAGAGAAUAAAACAUCCUUCUGAAGAUAAUGCAAACAAGCAUCAAAGACACAAGAUGAACAUCACUGGAAAACCACAACUACAUCAUCAUUCUUUCUGUUACUUUUAUCUCAACCAUCAUGAUAAAGGUUUGUAAAGUCUGGAAAAUAGUUCAUCAUCUGGAUAAAAUACUGUGCUAAAGUCA